UACACUUUCAUAAGAUACACACAUCUUCCUAGCUUGUGUUUGUGUACCUCAUUGCAUCUUCCAAACUCAAAACCAUGAACUCAAUUCAACAAACAAAUGAAAAAUGGAAGGGCAAAGCAAAAACAGAACUACUAGGAUGCAAAGCUCAACAAGUAUGGCUACUACUAGAGGAUUUUUUUGGCCUUGACAAAUGGUUUCCAACUCUCUCUACAUGCAUACCAAUUGAAGGAACAUCAGGCAAACCAGGGUGUGUCCGUUUCUGUGCAGGUUUCAAGACUCCUAUAGAUGACCAUGGCAAGCAAACUUUGAAUUGGACUAAGCAGAAACUUCUUUCAAUUGAUCCCACUCAAAAGGUAUUUAGUUAUUCAAUUAUUGAUGGAAAUGUUGGAUUUUAUUCCUAUGUUUCAACUGUUAAGGUAGUGACAAAAGAUGAUGGAUGUGAGAUUGAGUGGUUGUAUGAAGUUGAACCUGUUGAAGGAUGGAGAUUGGAAGAUCUUGAUUUUUUUAUUGGUUCUGGCUUGGGUAUUAUGGCUCAAAGAAUUCAACAAGCUUUGAAGACCAUGGAAGUUGCACUUGAAGCUUAAUAUUGAUGUCAUAUAUCUAUAGUACAAGAAGUUAAAAAAAAAAAAAAAAAAAAAACCUAAUUUAUAAGAGUGAUAUCUCUAUUUAUGUGUGUUUGUGUAUCAUUAAUUUUUAAUGUUUUAUCUUGUUUUGAGGUGUUUUGUAUUUCUAGCAAAAACUAAGUUUGAUUAAUAUAUAUAAAAGUGUGUUUCUAUUGGUUAUG